AUGGUAUCCCUUGGAAGCGAGGGUGGUCAAAAGCGAGGUAGGUUUGUUUGCCCCCUAGAAUUUAUGUGUUUGUGUUUUUUUCGUUGUUCUUCUUCUAUUUCUGGCACACUCGCCGCGAUGUGGACCACAUCUCGCCUGAGCCCUUUCGCGCUGCUCUUCGCUGCAGCCCUCGCGUCUACGCCGACGGAGGACGCGGACGAGGCGAGCUGCCUGGCGCUGCGCAGCAGCGCUGCGAGCAGACCGGAUCGCAGCAGCCCCGCGAGCAGGCUGGAAGCUUUGCGGGCUUUCGAGGCGUCCGUGGACAAGGUGAUCCAGGAGGCCUUCGCAAACGUCACUGGCCUCGGCUCGCAGCUGGCGCGUCCUGUGUUUGCGGACCCGUCGUGGAUUGUAUGCGCCAGCGAGAGCUGGGACGAUGUCGAGUCCAACGGGUCAGGAGCUGAUGAGAUGAACAAACUGCUGAACAUCUUAGCCUGCGACGCAGAGUACGCCGACGAUCCCACUUGCCACGCACUCGUCGCCAUCUACAAGGCCUCGGUUAUGCUCACAGACACGUUUCCAGAGGGGCCCAAAUUCGCCAACUACCUCGUGACCAAUUGGGGCGACUACCCGUCCUGGGAGGAGGGGGCCGUGACGAACGUCGUUCAAGAGAGCAUGCCUCCGUCGGCUAAGAUCAUCAGGGGGAACGGCUUGGUCAUGUAUGGAGUUUGCGAGGCUGUCCGCUCCGUACUUCUAGAGAGUCCGAACCAGGUGGGCACUGGCACUUGUGGCUGGAUCUCCUCCCUGGGCAUGCUCGCCGUUAAAGCGCCUGCGAAGGCGCUCAAGAUGGCGCUGCGGCUCACCUGGACUGGCAGAGCCACGCCCCAGCUGAGCUUUCCUUGCGACUACGUCCUCAGUGACCAGUUCCCUGGUCUGGUUCCAUACCAAGAUGACGGAGUAUGGCGUCCGAAACAGGCGGUCGAUUUCAAUUUGAACUACUCCAGCACUUGCGGGGGCAACCCGGCAGAUUGCCUAGCAGCGUCUGGCAACCCUUUGAACCCCUUCGGGUUGGCGGGGAUGUGGAUCCAGUCGUUGAUCAGUGGGUACCUCCAGGAUUCCCUUGAACAGGAUUGCACCAACUCUUUGCCAGGGAUGUUCUACCCCGGCGAGAGUCCUGAGGAGCAUGCCCUCGUGAAGGGUCCCCAGGGCCAAAUGGAUCCCGAGACCAUGUGGAUGUGCAAUGCUGUUAUCGACCCUGUUGGCAAGGGUUGCACCCAACUCUUCAACCCGCAGGCGGCUUGUGCGAGUGUCGACGACGAUACCUGCAGGGAUCUUGCGAUCCGCAACCCGAAGAUCCAUCCCGAAGACCCAAUGUCCCAGCAGGCACAGUUUAUUUAA